GUUCCGGUCUCUCCGUGGAAACUGGCUGAUCUUGACGCGGAAGCUCCAGCAGGUCGGAGCCUCUGCAGGCAUCAUGUCGGCUGCGGCUGAUGAAGCUGAGCUACACAAGAAACACGAGGAAAUUCUGGGCAGGCGGGCGGAGCUGCUGCGGCAGAUGGAGAGCCGGGCGGAGCCGCCGGGGGGCCGCGGGGGCCGGCGGCAGGAGGCCCGGGCGGAGCCGCCGGGGGGACCCAGGGGCCGGCGGCAGGAGGCCCGGGCGGAGCCGCCGGGGGGGCCCAGGGGCCGGCGGCAGGAGGCCCGGGCGGCCCGGGACAGGAACAGCGCUCUGCUGCAGGAUGUGCAGAAGCUGGAGGAGCGUCUGAGGGACGUGCAGCGGCCACGGCCGGACGUCCAGGAGCUGGAGACGAGGUACUGGGCGUCUGUGGAGCGGGCCGUCCCACGCUGGGAGCAGAUCCUCCUGGGUGGGACCCUCCACCCAGCCGGCGCCGCGGCCCAAACCUCACCCAGGGGAGCCAAGCAGAGAUCUGGCCCGAGCCGGGACCCGGGCCGGCCUCCUCGCCCCAAGCCCAGGCCGGGGGCGCUGGCGAGCUGACAGAGGUAGACUAAACUGGGUGGCAAAAUCACGUACCACCGAAAUCUGCUUACAUCCUCCACAUGUGUGGGGUCAAAGUGGAUAAAAAAGGAAGUCGCAGCACUGCGUGUCACAGGGUUAUUCUCAACCUUCUUCAAGACCUGCUUCCUGCUCUCUCUGGUCACACAGGUUGAAUUUCCCCUAAAAUAUCCUCUCUUUCAUGGAAAAAGUGCCAGAGCCAACACUCACCUGGCUGUCAUCAGUUUAUUCUUAAAGGUUCAUAAAACAAAGUGAAUCAAAAGCCACACAGUUUAACUGCUCCUUGAUGUAACCUGAUCUCAGUCACGGCUGCAGAAAACGCUCCUUUCUCGCCUCGCCGACCAAAUGUGAAACCUGUUCUGCGUUGCCGUCGUGACGUUUGAUUUACACGCUGAUGCUGCACAAAGUCAGACACAAUGAUAAAAACAGUAUCAUGCACUUUUUUCUACUCCUGAAUAUUGAAAUAGUUUUUUCAAACACUGCAAUGGACUGCAAAGGGCCACUAGACGUCGCUGUAGAAAAUGACCUCUAGUGACCUCUAGGAGAAUCACAGCCUCAUCAAACUUUACAGACACAAACUGGAGAGCGAGGCCGUUCAGAGGAGCUCUGCCUCUCCAGACAGACUGACAAUAAGGGCCAGUGUCUGACACAUUUCCACCACAAGACACUCGAUAUCCUAUCAAUGAAAAAUGCAAUUCUCACAGAAAUCUCCAAACGUCAAAAGUGUUUGACACCAAAUCAAAGCAUGAAUUUUCCUGUGGUGUUCCUCAAGGUCUUGUUGUACUAAUGUGGGAUUUUGGAGGGAUUUUGACCAUUUUUAUUCAUUCUCCAGGGCUCAAAAAUGGUUAAAUUUUGCACCAAAUCUGCAUAAGAAAUGGUUUCAACAUAAAAACUGACUCAUAACUUCUGACUCAUAAUUUAGCGUGGGAAUGACUACCAUAUGUUCCCAUCAUAAUGUCUCCAUAGUAGCCAUUUCAUUUUUUAAAAAUUAUUUAAAUGCUCAGCAAUUCACCAGUAUUGAGCAGUACUGAUGCAUAUUUAGCUAUUUAUUUAUUUAUUUAUUUCCCCCCCUCAGUAUUAAUUUCUAGAAUUGGUUGACAGUGUAUAAUAAUGCUGAAUAUUCCUUAAUAAAGUUAUUUGUUCAGGAAAGCAGCCUACGUCAUGCCUUUGGAUCGUCAUAUCGGUGCAAAAUCCACAUAGAAAAGGUCUAUUUCCAUUCCAGCUCAAUAAUUCAUUAUAUUAUUAUUAUAUUUUUUUUUCCCUUUAAAUCAUCAAUCAUCAAAUCAGUCUCAAAAAUCCCCUAUCGAGCAGGCACUAAUAUUUGAAUUGUAUAUUUUAGAUAGUUUUGUAUGCAGUGCUGCAAAAGUGAUGAUUUCAGACUAAAUCUGGGAUGUGGUUGUCUGACUCGACCAGUUAAAGCGUUCACAACAGAGGAGUGUGUUUUCAGUGCCGUCCUUGUGUGUUAUAUGUUUUAACCACAAGAGGGAGCCACUGCCAUGAGAAACAAACAGAUUCCAUGAGAAAAGCUCUUUCCUGCACACAAACAUGUUUGUGUUGUACAUUUGCAGGCAGCUGCGGCUGUUUAUUACUGUUGGAAACAGAAUAUACAUCCCAACCUGCUCCAUGUCAAAAGAAAAACUAAUAAAUAAAAAUAAAUAAUAGUAAUAACAAUAAUACGAUAAUAAACGAUAUGGUAAAAAAAAUUAUAAUGUGUUUAAUGGCACAGAUAUUGUAAUUGCGAUAUGAUUCCCCAUUUUAGUAGAAAUGAUUAUUUUUGCAUUGUAAUUUCCUUUUUCAAACAAACAUGUUCUCUUACAGCUUGAAAAUACAAUUUGUAGUCCAAGGCAUCUCUGUAGCGCCAUAAAACUUUAUUUACAACAAUGUUUUGUCACAUAUUCCACCUUUAUCAAAAAAAUAAAUUAAUAAGUCUGCACCUCCUACUAUUUAGAUAUUGCAUCUGGACAUAUUGCAAUUUUGAUAAAAUUUCAGUUAAUUGUUCUGAUAAUUGUAAUGAUAAUACCACAUCAUUUAUCAUGUUUGUGUUGUGAAGCAUUUCAGAUUUUAAAGGUCAUUCACUGUUGAUGAAUAAA